AUGCAACCAGGUAUCCCUGGAGCUGCACCACAGGGUUCCCAACAACCAGUGGUCCUGGUGCCUGUUUCUGGUACAUCACCAGGUCAGCAUGUGAUGGCCCAAGCUACCUCGUCUGAAGGGAUGGCAACGAGUACCCUACAAGAACAGUUUCAAUCUCGUCUUGUGAACGUUAAUCCAUCUAACGCAAUGUCGACAAGUACAAAUUCUUCUCCCCAGGAGACUGAGAUUCCUCGUUCGUCCAGGCAUGGUGGUUAUGCACUACUGCAAAACGAGGAGGUAGGUGUGGCUUUCUGAGUAGCAGGGAGAGGAUCGAAAGCUUUCCGAUCAUGCUUCGAAGGCAGGAUUUGCGAGGGAAAAUCCACGCGCCAUAUUGAUCUUGUCAAGCGCGUUUUGACUUACGUGAAACUUACGGGAAGCACGGCGUUGGAACAGAAGCGUUUUGAUAUGUGAUCGUUGUCGCUUACACUCUAUAACCUUCAUUUUUCAUCAUCAUCAUCAUCAUCAUCAUCCGUCAUCAUCAUUAUCAUCAUUGUCAUGAGAGAAUAAUUAGGUCGAUUGUUUUGCGCAUGUGAGAGCGACGUUUUAUGGACCUCGUGGUUGUCAAGUCGUAGCUUGAUGAGUGUCAGAGUUGAAUGUUUACACAUAGGAUGUUCCUUGAGUGCAAUUAAAUUGUUAUUGUUCCUGUUGUCCGUGAAUAUCGUCGUUGUGAUAAUCAUCAUUAUCAUCGGCAUCAUCAUCUUAAUCAUUAUCAUUAUCUCUUUUUCCAUCAAAGCUAGACGCAAAUCAAAGAAACGGUAUUCUCUUGUUUAGAAUACUAAUAGCAAUACAAAACACGUAUUAUACAUCCAUUAUUGUGCAUCUAAUACCUGUUCUUUCCUUUCCUCUUUAGAAUCAAGUGGAUGUGUAGACUUGAAAGGCGUAUUUUUAAUUAGAAGUAUUAAAUAGCUCUAAGUUUCUCUAUGUACUGAGCGUCUGAAUAAAACUAAAUAUAAUGAAAAUGGUCAGACACUCACGAUUCAUCAUUAUUUGAAGUUUUUGGACGUUAAAAAGAUGAUAAACUCAACAAAUUUUCAUGAUAGAGCAGAUGUUGUUAAUUCAUUGCUUCUUUAACAAAAAUAAUGACCCCUUUCCUUAAAGGAACACUGUGACAGGGUUGCCAGUUUAUGUAUGUUAAAAUUAUGAAUCAGUUGUUUUUCUUGUUUUGUACGAGUGAGGGCCUGCGCGUCUGAAUUGAUUACUUGAUGUAACAAUCUUUCCAUUUUUACCAAAGUGAAUGAGCGUCGUUUCGUUGAAAUGGACAAACUAGAUUGCUUCUAGGAUUGCUCGUUUAACAUAUAUAUGUAUAUAUUAUAGAAUUUUCCUUUUUCUUUAGUG